AUGGGGUGCACAGCGAGCCAUUCAAAUCUUGUUUCCAGAAAACAGACAGUCCAAUAUGCUUCACUUGUCAAGCCAAAUUCGUCUAACCAAAAAACUGUAGGACAAGUAAAUUAUGUUGGAUCCAAUGAAGCCUCCGAGGUUAUCCGGACAGGAAAAAUAAACGUGAAUCUAGACGAAGGCACGUGUAAGGAAGCUCACGCAACGCCACCAGAUAUUAAAACUAACCACUUAGGUGGACAUCAACAGAUUUAUUCGAAAGAUCCAAUUUUGAAUAAAUUAUUGAGCGAAAUGCAAUCAAUUCAGAGAUGUUCGAUUGCAUCGCGGAAUAUGAAUAAGAUGAAAAAGCUGCAGUCAAAAAUUGAUAGGCGUCAAGUGAACAAACCGACGGGAAGAAACUCAAAUGACAUAAGUCAAAGUGCCAACAAGAAAGAUUUGCUAAAGUCCCUGUCUAAUGGCGACACUUCCAGUGGCUUGAACCUGAAUUAUAUGGUCAAUGAAGUUCUUUCUGGAAAAGUGGACUCGGUCUGUCCAAGUAACGACAAGAUCGUGCGAAUAUUUACUAGCAGUACCUUUACAGAUACGGAACAUGAACGAAAUUACUUGAUGGAAAACGUGUACUCUAAGUUGAAAGUGUUUUGUCAGCAAAUAGGCUACCAGUUUCAGAUCGUAGACAUGCGAUGGGGCAUACGAGACGAAGCUACAAAUGAUCACAUGACCACAGACAUGUGCCUCAAAGAGUUAGAGCUUUGUCAGAAGCUUUCUACAGGUCCAAAUUUUGUGUCUUUCUUAUCGCACAAAUAUGGUUACAGACCGUGUCCAAGAACUAUUAGUAAGGAACAAUUUGAAAAAUUUCUCCACGCUACAGAGAAUCCAGAUGACAGUAGUUUGAUGUUAAGGUGGUACUUUGAAGAUAAGAACACGCUGAAGUCUUUGUACGUCCUCCAGCCAGUAGGAGAUGUUCUCACAGACUUCUACAGCUCAGAUCUCGAGAAAAAACAGAAAGCCAAAGACCAGUGGUGGAAAGAAAGCGAAAGGUUACGAAAUAUUAUCAGUUCUCUCGCCAAACGUCUACUGUCCGAAGAGGAAGCUCGUCUUUUUCUGAUGUCAGUAACUGAAAUUGAAAUAACAAAAGGUGUUUUGAACAUCGACGCUGUGGAGGACCACUGUCUAUGGUUUAAGAGGAAUAUUAAAAAUAUCGAGCACCAAAAUUAUGACGACCACGUGAAAAAAUAUCGUGAAUGCCCGAAUAUUAGCGAAGACUUUCGAGAAUCCCAAGAACUGUUGGAGAAUUUGAAAGAAGAGAAAAUGUAUCGGAAAAUUCCGACAGACAAUAUUUUAUCCUAUGAAAUUCCAUGGACUCCUGAAGGUAGAAUCUGA